CAAAAUCGAGCUCCUCUCUGCACCUCACACUCGACAAUGGCGGCAUUCUGGAGAAAUAAUGCAUUAACAAUGGCGACAAACCUCAUGAAAACUCUAACUGGAUCUUCGAGGAACCUCAGCGGCAUCGUUAGUAGCGAAGUUUCCACCUCUAAUACCCAAAAAUGGAUGCAGGAUACGAGUAAAAAGUCUCCAAUGGAGUUGAUCAAUGAAGUUCCACCAAUCAAAGUAGAGGACAGGAUUGCUGUUUGUGUGUCUCACCUUUUUGACUUUACUACAGAUAGUAACCCGGCACUGGGUCAUCCAAUUGAGUUCAUAUGCCUCGAGAAGGACGAGCCAGCUGUGUGCAAGUAUUGUGGUUUGCGCUAUGUGCAAGACCAUCAUCACUAGACAAUUUCUCUGGUUGUGCUGUUUUAAAAGCCAGUCAUCCCAGUUGUUAUAAGCUGUAAUUUUCAGAUAACAUGGUGUUUGGCAUUACUGCCAAGUAUUCUUUCUCCUCAAAAUAAGGAUGCUUUUGCACAUUUUGAAUGAAACUUUGCUCCUGCUGGAGCAUUAACAUUUUCUUA